UUUCUCAUUUGUUUUCCAGGCACAGAUGUGAAAGAUGCCAAGGUGAUAAGUGUCUCUACGGGAACAAAGUGCAUUAAUGGCGAGUACAUGAGUGACCGUGGCCUUGCCUUAAAUGACUGCCAUGCAGAAAUAAUAGCUCGGAGAUCCUUGCUUAGAUUUCUUUAUACACAACUUGAGCUUUACUUAAACAACAAAGACGAUCAAAAAAGAUCCAUCUUUCAGAAGUCAGAGCGGGGUGGGUUCAGGCUGAAAGACAGCGUCCAGUUCCACCUGUACAUCAGCACGUCCCCCUGUGGGGACGCCAGGAUCUUCUCACCGCACGAGCCGAUUCUGGAAGAGCCAGCGGACAGGCAUCCAAACCGCAAGGCCAGAGGACAGCUGCGGACGAAAAUAGAGUCUGGCGAAGGCACGAUUCCAGUGCGGUCCCACGCCAGCCUGCAGACGUGGGACGGGGUGCUGCAGGGCGAGAGGCUGCUCACCAUGUCCUGCAGCGACAAGAUGGCCCGACUGGACCCCCAAGAGUCCGCUCGCUCCCUCAGCGCCGCCCUGGCUGUCACGCUCUGUGUCAGCGCUGGUGGCACGGCGCACCCUCAAGCACAGGGAUGCGACGGCUGCAACUCACCCACAAGCGUUAGCAGAGUCAGUGUUUGCUUCUUCAAAGACCGUGGUGGAAGUCGGCGGAAGACCGUGGUCAAGGUCAGGGGGAAGACCGUGGUCAAAGUCGGGGGGAAGACCGUGGUCAAAGUCAGGGGGAAGACCGUGGCCGGUGUGGUCAGCCGUGUGGGGCGGCCGCCCGGAGGCCUGGCCACGGCGCCCGCGGGCUGUGUGACGUCCCCAGGAUGGCUGGCGGAGGGCUCGCGUGUGCAGACUCACGCCCUUGUGGGGGAGCGGGUGCGGCCCGGGUGUCUGGUCCGGAAGGACCGGCCUGUGCACCCCGUCCUUCGGGCUUGCUCCUCGUCCGCCCUGUCUCCAGCCUUCCCCACACACGGCACCGCCUCGGCGAGGUGCUUCUUGGACUGUGCGGGCGGCUGCGGUCACCCGGAGCAGAAGCAGAGCACAGGCCCGACGGUGGGGCCCACGGAGCCGGGUGGGCGUGCCCGGUCCGCGCGUGUUCUGAAGAUGCCCCCCGAGGCAGGGUGGCCGCUGUCUCCCCGAAGAACGGAGGCGGCGCUCAGGGCCCCAACGGGGGAGGUGUGCACCCAGCUCCAGUUCUCUGAGGGUCUCGUGAGCACCUGGCCAGCAGGCAUCAGCAACGCGGAGGCACGGCAGCCGGGGAAGGCGCCCAACUUCAGCGUCAACUGGACGGUGGGUGACUCGGCCAUCGAGGUCAUCAACGCCACCACGGGGAAGGACGAGCUGGGCCGUGCGUCCCGCCUGUGUAAGCACGCCUUGUACUGUCGCUGGAUGCGUGUGCACGGCAAGGUUCCCUCCAACUUGCUACGCUCCAAGAUCACGAAGCCCAACAUGUACCAUGAGUCCAAACUGGUGGCGAAGGAGUACCAGGCCGCCAAGGCGUGUCUGUUCAAAGCGUUCAUCAAGGCGGGGCUGGGCGCCUGGGUGGAGAAGCCCACGGAGCAGGAUCAGUUCUCUCUCACACCCUGACCGGGGGC